AUACCUUAACAAAAACAUGGAGGAGCACAGAGAGACAUUUUGUAAAUCACUUUAAUAUAAACAUGUUUUCCUUUUAAAAAAUUUCUGAUAUUACUCAACCAUAUUAAACUUGAGGGACAGAGAGAGUGCCGAGAGGAAUUAGCGUUUCACUGGAUUGCCAAUGGUUGCUGAGGACAGAGACUGAAUUUUGCUGCUGAGAACAUCUUGACAAGAUGGUGAAUUAUUAUGACAUUCUAGGUAUUCAAAGAAAUGCCUCUGCAGAUGACAUUAAAAAGGCAUACCGAAAACUGGCAUUGAAGGUGCACCCUGAUAAAAACCCAGAGAACAGAGAGGCAGCAGAGAGGAAAUUCAUACAAGUCUCUAAGGCAUAUGAGGUUUUAUCUGAUGCCAAAAAACGGGAUGUCUAUGACAUGUCUAGUGAAGGAGGUAUAAGUGGAAAAGACAGAAGAGGUAGAGAUGAAGGUGGAGGGAAAGGUAGAGAGACAGGCAGGGGUGGGAGUCACUUUGAUACUGAAUUCCCAUUCAGUAGCCCCCACACAGAUGUGUUGAGAGGAAUGGACUCCUUUACAGUGAAACUCUGGGAUGAUCUACUUGAUGGGAUUUCUGGCAUUCGGCGAGGACUCCAUGGAAGAAGAAGCAGACGUGGUGAAGGAUACUCUGUCUCUAUUGCUGGAGUGUCUCCUAUUUCAGGGACUGAAUUUACUUCAUUUGGUUCCCAACGAGUUGGGGGCUGCUCUUCAUCCUCCAUCACGUCACUGAACAACAGAGGGAAAGGCAACUUCAAAUCAGUCAUAACGACCAGCAAAAUAGUUAAUGGCAUCAAAAUCACUACCAAGAGAAUUGUGAUGAAUGGAGAAGAAAGAGUAGACACCAUUAUUGACCAUUAAAAUUCUCAACAAUUGGAAAUUGACGGCAAAUCAUUGCUACUGAUGACAAGAAAUGAUGUAUUGACUGGACUUGCGUUAAAACUGGGGCCAGC